AUGUCAGAUGGAUUUUCCAAUGCCAAGAUGAGCGCAGCAACAUCCACUUUUAAAUGUCAGUUCUGCGAUAAAGAAUUUAAGACCAAAUAUAACUGGCAAAGACACUUAAAAACUGUACAUAAAAGGAACUCGGCUGGGGACCUUUUACAGGAUUUGAAAGAAAAAAGAUUUGUUUGUGCAAUCUGUGACAAAAGCUAUGUUGAGAAAAGAAAUUUAGAUCAUCAUAUAAACAGUGUACAUUUGCUCUCUGAGGUCAAACGACAAAAGAAAUUCAAAUGCUCCUCAUGCACUUUUCAAACUGCUUAUCAAAUCAAUUUAAAGCGCCACUUUUCAAGAAAACACGAAAACCAGUUGAUCCAACCUACAACGUCACGGAAGUAUGAAUGUCAAGAAUGUACAGCCAGCUUUUCUCACAAGAAAAAUCUUAAUUAUCAUAAAAGAAAGUUCCACAGUAAUGACAUACCAUUUUUUUAUAUUAAAAGAAAAUGCCCUGCAUGUCCUUACAUUUCCACACAGAAAUCAAAAAAAGAGAUCCACGAGCAUUUUGAAAAAAUUCACAAUGUCCCGAUUCGAACUAGAAGACAUAAGUUUAACUCUAUUGAAGAGUUCAAUAUUUGGAAAAUUGACCUAGAAAAGGCUUCCACGGCAUCAUAUGUGAAACGUUUUUCUAAUGAAACUGUAGCCUAUUACCAGUGCCACAGAUGUGGCUACCACAGAUCACGAGGUCAUACAAAACGACACAUCAAAUUGUCAGGAUCGUGCAAAAUAAAUGGAUACUGUCCAUCAAAUUUGACUGUCAGAAUCAAGAAAAAUGAAGUCCUCGUACACCAUGUCUCAUCACAUUUUGGACAUAGGAAUGAGCUGAGACACAUCAGACUAUCUCGUGAAGAGAGAAGGUCAAUAGCCCUUCAAUUAGCCAACAAAAAACCACAUGAAGAAAUCUUAAAAUCUAUCAGAGGAUCAAUAUCAGAUUUUGAACUACAAAGAAUUCAUCUAACAAACAAAAAAGAUAUCAUAAACAUAGAAAGCAGCUUCAAUCUGCAUUCAGAUUCUAUAAAACACCCUUUUGAUCCUGUUAGCAUUGCAGCUUGGGUCCAAGAACUGACCAACUCAAGUUAUAUUUCAAGAAUUAAAUAUAAAGCUCAGGGUGAAGAAAGUGAAGACUUCCCAUAUCUCUCAAAAGAUGAUUUUCUUUUAAUAUUCAUGACAAAAACCCAACAUGCAAUGCUAAAAAAAUUUGGCCAGCACACUGUUUGUAUUGAUGGCACUCAUGGGCUCAAUAAUUAUGACUUUCAAUUGUUUACCCUUCUAACUUUGGAUGAAACCAGGGAAGGUUUCCCAGUAGCGUUCAUGUUUACAAACAAAAGCGAUAAAGAAGUGAUGAAAUUGUUUUUCAACGAAAUAAAAUCUGAAGUGGGGCAAAUUGACACAAAUGCUUUUAUGUCGGACAUGGAUGAAACUUUUUACACGGCAUGGAGAGAAGUCAUGUGUCCCGCAAAACACAGGCUAUUUUGUACAUGGCAUGUGUUAAGAGCCUGGCGUAAGCAGAUCGUGCAAAAAGUGAAAAAUACGGAAAAGCGAAAAUAUGUAGAAGGACUUUUACAAACCUUAAUUUAUGAAUUUGAUCUUAACACUUUUGAAAAAAUCCUUCCAAAAACAAUGGAAGUUUUAAAAAGCGAUGUCGAUCUUUUAGAUUUUUCUAAUUAUUUCGAAAAGGAGUACGUUGCUAAUGAAAGAUUUAAGUAUUGGGCGUACUGCUACAGAUUGCAUGUUGGAAUCAAUACCAACAUGUCAAUUGAGAACUUCAACAAAGUUCUUAAAUAUUGUUAUUUAAGGGGUAAGAAAAUACGCAGACUUGAUAAAACUCUCUGUGCAAUCUUAAAUCUGCUGAAAGAUAAAGUUUUUGACCUCAUAAUAAAGCUGAACAGAGGGAAACUAGUAAGGAAAUUGCAAUUGCUUAGGAAAAACCAUAAACGAAGUCUGACGAUCCCUAAGGAAAAGAUAGUGAAUGUUGGAUGCAACAAAUGGCAAUUGUAUCAAAAAUAA